UUACUAAACUCAUAUCAUAUUUUAUGCGGGAUAGUAACAUGUCAGCGCCCGCAACACACAACUUCACGGAAAGAUGCUUGGGGAUUUGGUAAAAGGAAGAGAAAAGUCCGUACUUAUUUUGAUCGAGGAUUCAGUUGAAGAACCGGGAAGAGGACUAGUAUCAUGUUUCCUUCUCAGCCUCUGUCAAAGGAUGGAUGAAAUACAUGUGGUCACAUUUGAUCCAAAGUCACAAUCGAUGUUAAAGGUUGUGCCAGCGGAAGCACAGGCAAAAAUAAUUCAUCAUAAUUGUCAAAAUGAUUUCCUGAAAUGGAAACAGUCAGCCGGACUUGGCCUGGAUUCAGACCUUCCGAAGGAGAUUGCAGCAAAGGGAAAUCCGAACAAGGACAGAAAGAUUGCCAUGGUGAUCGACUCAUUGAGUUCCCUCCUUCUGUUCCGACCGGUACCAUACACCUGUCAAACUCUACACAAACUCUCGGACAGUAAUGUCAUGGGAGCUUCCGUCGAGCAGAUUGUUGUGUUGGUACAUCAUGAUCUCCAUGACGCUGGUAGCCUCGCUUUGAUAGAACACACAGCCUCGACUGUCAUUCGAACAUCACCUACACAAUCUGGCGGACACGAAUUUUGCUGCAAUAUUCUACAUAAAAAGAUCUCUGGGAAAAUAACCAGAAUAAAUGAGCAUUUCAACAUCAGUGACCAAUUAGAAAUAGAAAAUCUCACGGAAUUAAAAGCUGUAAUUGAUACGACACCACAGCAACCGACAGUCCAGGUUGAUCCUGCUGCAAAUUUGACCUUUAACCUGUCGUUGACCGACCAGGAGAAAAGAGCACGGAGCCAGGUGAAGCUGCCGUAUACUUACGACCAGGACAGGAUAGACGCAACACUAAACAAGUCUGUCGUCGAGGGUAAGAUAUUUUACCAGCCUGAUGAAGCUGACGACUUUGAUGAGGAAGACCCGGAUGAUGACUUAGAUGUGUGAUGAUUCUGUUGUUACUAUUAAAAUAAAUCUCAACAUUUCCUG